AUGAUACCGAGAAUGGGGUUCCUACACCAGGUUUGGAUGAAAUUAACACCAACUAAGGCUCUGCAGCGGUGCCAGAGAGAAGAAGCAAGAUUUUUUGAAUAUAUGUACCGUGUCACUUAUUUAGCAGGAAUGUCAUCUGCAGAGGACAGUUUUACAUACUCCUUAUACAGUACAACUGUUAAAUUUCUCCUCAUGUGUCUUGUGUUUACUGAGCUGUGGCAUUUUAUGAGUACUCAAUGGACCAUAGACACUAUUACUGAUAGUGUCAAUAUUACCUUGAUACAGCUGGGAGCUCUUUACAAAUAUAUAAAGAAGUUCAGGAACCAGCAAGUCUUCAUACAACUGGCUUCGUCAAUGAACUCAACAAAUUUCGAUGUAUCUACGAAGAAAAGAAAGGAUCUUUUGGAAUAUUGGGUAAAGAGAAAUGAGUUUCAUGUAAAACUCAUGCUCGCGCUGGGCACAUGUACUAUCAUUGCUUGGUACAUUUAUCCCUUGGUUGAUGAUUUGGAAUACAACCUGUGCGUUUCAAUUCGUCUCCCAUUCACGUAUCGAACUCCUCUACUCUAUGCGGUCACAUACAUUUCUGUCAUCAUCGUGUUUUCUUACAUCUCCUACUUCGUGAUGAUCAAUGAUCUAACAAUACAAGCUCAUUUGAUGCACCUUUUGUGCCAAUUCUCAGUCUUGAGACAUUGCUUUAGAUAUAUAAUAGAGGACUGCAAGACGGGCUUUAAUCAUUUGCCAGAAUCCCAAAUGUACACAAAUGAGACAUUUAGACAAAGGUGCAAGAAACGUCUCGGAGACUUGAUACAGCAACACAAAUUUAUACUCAACAACACAGCUGCAUUACGGGACAUACUAAGUGCACCGAUGUUAGGACAGUUAGCUGUUAGUACAACAUUAAUUUGCUCUAUUGGUUAUCAAUUGGUCGCCACAUCCGCGAGCGUCAACAUAACAAAGUGGCUGAUGAGUCUACUGUAUUUGGGAUACAAUAUGUUUGGUCUGUACAUAGUGUGCCGAUGUUGUGAGGAAAUCAAAAUUCAGAAUCUGGCCAUUGGUGACGCUGUAUAUUUCUCUGGUUGGGAGCGUGGUAUUACGAAUAUACCAGGAUUUCGAUCGAGUAUUCUUCUCAUUUUGGCCAGAUGCAACAAACCACUUGUAUUAUCUGCAGGGGGCAUGUAUGAACUAUCUCUUAAGGCAUAUGCUGCUAUGGUGAAAACUUCGUACAGUGCUCUUACUGUGUUAUUAAGAUUUCGCCACAACUGA